AAAAUUGUAAUUCUAAUUUUUUUUUUAAUUUUUUGGAGAGCCAGCGUGGUGUAGUUGUUAGCGUGCUGGACUAGGAUCAGGGAGACCCGAGUUCAAAUCCCCAUUCAGCCAUGAAACUAGCUGGGUGACUCUGGGCCAGUAACUUCUCUCUCAGCCUAACCUACUUCACAGGGUUGUUGUGAAAGAGAAACUCAAGUAUGUAGUACACCGCUCUGGGCUCCUUGGAGGAAGAGCAGGAUAUAAAUGUAGUAGUAGUAGUAAUAAUAAUAAUAAUAAUAAUAAUAAUAAUGUGGUUUUAGCCGGGUCUUUUAACUUGCUCAACUUCACUUGCUUAACUUUAUUCAUCUUUUAUUUUACAUUGUAUCUAUUUUGUUAAUGUUGUGAGCUGUCCCAAGCAAUAGUGUACUAGAGGGGCAGGGUAUAAAUAAAAACAAAUACAGUAAUUAGGUUCAGUUGAGAAAGGCCAACUGCCCCCAAGAUCUCCAUGCUAUUCAUGGCGUAUUCCUCACUUGGAAUACUGUGUCCAGUUCGGGGCAAUGCAUUUAAGCAGGAUGUUGAUAAAUUGGAGCCAUUUCAGUGGAGGACAACAAGGAUAGUGAGGGUUCUGGAAACCAAGCCCUAUGAGGAGCAGUCAGAGGAGCUGGAUAAGUUCAGCCUGGAGAAGGGAAGACUAAGGGGAGACAGGAUAGCUGGCUUCAAAUACCGGGAGGCCUGUCACCUAGAAGAAAGAGCGGACUUGUUCUCUGUUGCUCCUGAAAGCAGGAUUAGAACUCUUGGAUUGAAAUUAAAGGAAGCAGAUUCAGGCCAGGAAUUUAUAAAUGCUGCCGCACACUGAGUCAACACUUUCAACGAGCUGUCCACCACAACUCCAAGAUCACCAUGACCCAGUGCACAGGACAUCACCAGCACCUGCUUCUUGCCUAGGAGACCCCUGUUGGCGAGUGCCGUCCACUUUGUUACACAGAGUGAAGGACACAAUCGAAACCCCAGAUGCUUUCUUCACCUUUGCAGUGAUUGACCAGGAUUCUAAAGGCUGGGUUGCAAGGCUCUGGUUGGCAGCUAGUUUUGCUGGGCAGGAGCUUUGAGGAGACCAGUCAGAGUGGGGGUGGGUGGGCCAAGGCUGCACUCCACCCCCGAAGCAGACUGCCAGCAAGCCCCUUUCUUUUCAGUGCGACUGCUCGCAGACCCCUUGUUUGCCUCUUGUUGGGCCAUCGGGAGGGUCAGGCGUCUUCCCUCAAGGGGCCAGAUUUGGCCCACGUUAAUCGUUGACGCCUAGCAAAGGCCUCCCUUGUGGAAUACAAAUGGCUACUGGGAGAGGGGAAACGGCUACCCUCCACCUCCAGUUCCAGGCUGCCCCAGAACCGGGAAUGCAGCCGGCAAUGAAAAUGGAGGAGCAGGACCCAUCAUCUGCCCAUGAACUAGCAGGAGGCAGAGUCCCUCGGUUCCUCCAAGUUGGGUCCAUGCGGGACUUUUUGGCUGGGGACGCUCCUCAGCAGGUGAAGCAGGAACCAGAUGAGGGACUUCAGCACCAGUGGGAAGCCCAAAGACAGGAGUUUCCAAAGGCAGUGCAAUACCCACAGGCAGGAUGGAGGAAUCCAUCAUUGCCCAAGACCAUGCAGUGGGACUCUAAUUCUUUUCAGACCUCCUAUGAGGGAUCAGCCAACACCAGCCAGUGGCCUUCUGGAGGCUGGGUGUCCCAAAAUAUGGGACACCCGGGCCUCAGUGGAGAAGCCCAGCCCAUCUAUCGUGGUCAGGAGCAUCCAGAGAGAAGGAACUUUGGGAACGUAAAGGAAGAGGCACCCAGUGAGGACACAGUCAGCUUGGAGAUCCGGCGGCAGCGGUUUAGGCACCACCCCUACCAAGAGGCCGAGGGGCCCCGGGAGAUUUACAGACAGCUCCAGCAACUCUGCCACCAGUGGCUGAGGCCAGAGAGACGUACCAAGGAGCAGAUUCUGGAGCUGCUGAUCCUGGAGCAGUUCCUGACCAUCCUGCCCCAAGAAAUCCAAAACUGGGUGAGGGAGCACGGCCCAGAGACUUGUGCCCAAGCAGUGGCCUUGUCGGAAGAUUUCCUGAUGCGGCAACGAGAGGUCCAGAGAAAGGAACAGCAGGUGCUGUGGACAUUCGAGGAGGUGGUAGUGAACCCGCCCUUGGCUCAGCAGGUGCCGUACCCUACCGUGACCCAACAGGUCCAUUAUCCCACCGUGGCACUGCCCGUACAGUAUCCACCCAUGGCCCAGCAGACACCGUAUCCUGCCAUUGGACAGCAGGCCCCGAAUCCCAUUGUGUCGGAGCGAAUUCCGACAGAUCCCGGGAGAACAUUGAUCUGCCGGGAGCCUGUGCCAGAGGGUGGCAGGAGCCUACGGCCCUACGGUCCUAUUCAGGAGUUCCGGAGGCCCCUCACGAACGCAGAGCGUAUGCGGAACCGGAGGAUGCGGAACAGGAAGCAGCGCCUGGAGACCAGCAUGCAAUUGGUUGAGUCAGCAUCAAGAGCCCCCUCAAUGCUUCUGGACGCCAUGCGGGGGCUGCACAGGCAAGACCUGAAGGCCUUUGACAGGGCCAGGCAAGAGGAACGGCAGCACCGGAAACAUGAGAGGCGGCAGGACCAGGCAACAGCCCAGCUGAUGGUCAAUGCCAUUGAACGCUCCCACAGUGACAUGGGUGAAUUCUUGGGGAGGCAAACCACCACCAUGGCGGCCAUUGCGGCGGUAUUUACUGGCCAGAGAUCCCCCUCACAAGGAGCGCCCCUCAGCUACAGUUCUUACCAGGGGUACAGCAAUCCCCCGUGGGGGCCACCGGAGCCAGGAACCCCUCUGCCGCCUGGUCAUGUGCCCGGGAUGCCUUUGGAGCCCAUUACUGGUCCAGCAACUCCAUGUCCGGUGCCUCCUCUGGCCACCCCUGGGGGCAUCUGUGACCCAAUCUCUGAACUGCCUCCUACAGAUGGACCUAGGGAGGAUGCUGCCCCAGACUCACCCACACCUUCAACCUCUGACACCACUUCACGUACACUCGACACUAGGCCAAACAGAGGAGCCAAGCGGAAGAUGUGGGAAUGACAAGUGUUGACUUAUUGUUUAGAUUUACCUUGUUGUUUAGAUUUUGACAUCCAUUUCGCGGGACUGCCGGAACCCCGUUGCCUUCAUUUUUAACAGGACAACCCAUCUAUCUAUGCAAAAGGGUGUAAGCAAAGUCCCAGAUUGAUAGCCAGUGAGAGCUGUAGUGGCUGAAGCUGGUAUGGUCACAGUGGAUAAAGAUGUAGGCUUCGAUCUAGGAGAUCCAGGUUAAAAUUCAUGGACUCCCAUAGCUUUGGGCAAGUCUCAUCUCCCUCUCUGUAAAAUGGGAACAACUGACCUACCUCGCAGGGUAGUUAUGAGGUCAAAAUUAUAUAGGACUUUGCAAACGUAAAGCAUUCGAAGUGCAUAAACUAGUUAUACUUUCCAAAGAAUUUAAGCAGGGUGAAGGACACAAGCUGUUCAAAUGAAGUCACGUCAGAUCCCAAGCUCUGUGAAGGCCCUGUUGAUACUACAGUGUCUCAAGCCCAUAUUAAUUUGUAAAAUGUUGUAUGGUCUUUAUCGGGUUUAUCCUCAGAAUUAUCCCGGGAAGGAGGCCAGUGAUGCCCAUUUUGCAGAUGAAGAAAACUGAGGCUGAGAGAGAAUUUCACUUUUGCAUCCCAUAUUCCAAUAUGUGUGUUAAAAUUAUGCUCUUCUGGUCAUUUUGCGUGAUGCAUUCUUUGGUGUUCGAGGGCAUCCUGGAGCAGGGAGCGUUUCCCUUCUGUGUCGCUUUAUUCUUUCCAGCAAGAGGAGCUCCAUUUCAGUCUGCUCUUCAGCAGAGGACAGGGCUUUCCUGCAGUGCCUCCUUUCACACAGGCCUGUGAGUUGGAUGUAGAGUCUCUUCCCCUGGCCAUCUUGUAACCAGUAGGCUUGUGCAUCGGCAUCUGCAACAGAAAUGCACCACUCUCUUGGCCCCGUGUGGAGGCAGGUGCCUCCCAGUGAAGCUCAUGCCAAGCAGUGCUAACUGUUUCUGGCACCCGGCGGGCCACCUUUCACCAAGAUUGGAGGCUCUGGUCAGGAUACUGGGAAAGCAUGUGGGGUCACUGGGAGGUUCUGAAUGAGACUCUGGGAGGCAGUGUUCCCUGUAGCAAGGCUUUCCAGUUGUGGUUGACUACAACUCCCAGCACCCCCAGUGACAGUGGCUUUUGACGGGAUUAUGGGAGUUGUAGUCAGCAACAUCUGGGAAUCCCUGUUACAGGGAACACUGCUGUGAGGCUGUGAAUGGGAUGCUGGGAAGGCAUGCGGGAACACCUGGGAACUAUAGCUCCUCCUGAUUCUUUGUACUCUCCCAGCAUCCUGUUUGGAGCUUCUGAUUCUAGUGAGAAGCUCUGCCCCACUCCUGGAAAUUGCAAGUACUGCCUGGCACUGGCCGCACCAGGAGGAGCACCCUCCGCUGUGCAGUGCCAGGGGGGUAGUGCAUUUUUGUCUGUUACACAGGCUUGGUAACCAUGAUGUGCCUUUAAAUCAAAUAAAUAAAAAUAAUGAUAAAUAACAAAUCUCCCACUGCAAUGGAAGGCGGAGCAUGGCUUCUUCCAUUCAUUUCCUCUUGCAUUCCAUAGUUCACCCCCUUACCCAACAUGCUUUGCAGCAUGCCCCAAACUGGGAACUCCUCUCACUGGAGAUGAUGAAAGGACCCAGGUGAGAGCAGCUAUCUGCUCUGGGGUGCCUUCUGCCACGGAAAGUUCUGCUUCGCAAGGCGGGUGAGGUGAGUGGGGAGUUUCAGGUUAACAUUUUCCCUGAUGCUCUGGCUUCCCAUGUACAGAUGGUGCUGCUUUUAUUUUUUAAUGGUAGAAACAUCCAAACAUGUAAUUUCUCUCACUUCUAGUAUGAAUUACAGUCCAGGAACUAUUUCUGUACUCUUGGACCAUCCCUGAGUCUAUGGAAGGGCUUCACAACAUUGGCCUUCCAGCAGUUGUUGAACUACAACUCCCAUCAUCCCUGACUAUUGGCCACUCUGGCUGGGGAUGAUGGAAGUUGUAGACCAACAACAACAGCUGGAGGCUGAAGUUGUGCAGUCCUGGUCUAUGUUAAUGGAUUCCAGCUUUCCUGGAGGCAAAUAUAAUAUUGAACCAGCCACUGCUCCUGCACCUUUUAACAGCAGCCCUGUCUGUGAACAUUAACUAGGAACCACAUUUCUCUCCAUGCCAGUGAAAAGCUUUACCUGCUGAUUUUUUCUUUUACGGACUUAGGAGCAGGUGUGUGUUUUCUGGUUGGUGAGUCCCCUUAGGUUGAAGUGCAAUUCUGUAUUCCCUGGAUCACACUGGCUUUCUCAUUGGAACUUGUUCAAAUCAACCCUUCUUUCACCACAAGCAGCACGGUUGAGACAAUCGGCCUUUCAGAACCUUUUAGACUGACAUUUUAGAACUUGAUGUCCUGGAAUCUCCUGGAACAGGUUAUUUGGUUUUACUGUUUUAAUAAGUGCUAUUUUUAAAUGAACUCCCAUAUAUAUCUGCAAAAAUGUAUUUAUUUGUAAAUGUAUUUGAGCUUUAAGUGUCAGGAAGGAAUAAGAAAAUGGUAUUGUGGGGCUUGGAAACACUGGGAGGGAGGGAGUGGGUGGGGGAAGUCCUAUCUGAUGGGGUUUCCUGAAGAUGGAGGAGAUCCCGUAGCUUUCCCGUUUUUAUAUGUUCUGUGGGCCUUUCCCCUCUUCUGCUUCAAAGUGCGGCUAGGUAAGUGAUGUAGGAAAAUAGCCCAGAGACAUGAGCCUUCAUAAAGUCAGAAGGGUUGGGUGUAGAUCUGAUGCAGAGUUUCGGAGUAUUCCACAGGUUUGCUUCUGACAAAUCCACAAUGGGGGAAAAAACCCCUGUAUCAUAUGUGUCCCUGGUGUGUCUUGGGAGAUGAAUCGCAGUUUCUUCAAUAGUCUCCUUCAGACCUUAUGAAAAAGUCCUGCUGUAGCUGUGUACAGCGAGGCGAAGGGGGAGGAAAUUCCUCUCAUUCUGCUUCGUUGCCUGUGCGCCUCGCCACUUACGCUUACGAUGGGGCUUUUCUGAAGAGGGAAAAGCCCUCCUUGAGAUGGGCAGAUCCACGAUUGUGAGGGUGGAUCAUAGGAACAGGAUCAAUCCACCCUUGCAAUCACGGAUGUGCCUGCCAUCCCAAGGAGGACUCUUCCCUCUUCAGACAAACCCCGUCAAAACCGUAAAUGGUGAGGUAGGUGCGCAGGUGAAGGAUGCACACGACUCCAGUGAGGAGACUUUUUAAUAACGUCUGAAGGAGGCAAAUGAGAAGGUCGGUAACAGAGGACAGGGAUACAUGAGUCAGUUUAUUCGCACUAGCGGAUCUUCUCCUGUGAUGUUCCGCCGCAUUAGGAUAUGUUGUCGACGGUGCAAGCUGAGGCCUUUUUCUCAGUGAACUGAGCUGUACCAUGGAAUGGUUCUCUGUACACCCAAAAACUCCUGCAGAUAGAAAAUUAGCAGGUCAGGGAGUAGGGUUUUAGCCUAGCCUGUUCUGCUCCCUGUCAUGUUAGCUUUCCAUGUGUAGAAAUAUUUUUUUCUUGAGGGAGCAUUCCAUCAUCUGAGCCCCUACUUGCACUAUGAAAUGGUACAGUCCAGACAUGGAUUUGCUACUUCAUUGAGGACUAAACCUUUACUCUGGCAGGCUUAUGGAUGAAGGACUGACAGGCCUAGCUAUUUCCUUGCAUGAGCUGAGUGGGCGCCUAAAACACCUCACAGAAUCCUUUACCACACAGGGGUUCAGUGGUACUCAGGGGUUCCUCACCCAACCUCUCAGUGGGGAAAUAGUGUUCAUUGAAGGCAAAAAGUUUAAAAACCAACUUCUCAGGCUGUUCUCCCAACACGUAGAAAAAAACAAUGUCCAAAGGGGCUCCAUAUCUGUACCAAGGCUCGUCCAAAUCUGUACCAAAACACGUCCAAAGUUAUAUAGUUGCUUGACCCCCCCUUUUUAAAAGGAUCAUCAUUGCAGUGUGGUAAUCCCCAAAGAUACCAGGAUGUUUAACACGCUUUUAAAUAAGGAUUUCCUCAGAUGAAAUUUGCCUCGAGUUUUGAAAAUAUUCUAAUAAAGUUUGUAAUUUUUUGGG